ACCUAACUAAAACACAAACCUUCCAAUUGUCAUCCUCCAUUCAGUUUUUUCACCAACCCAUACGCCCUCUUCUUCUUCACUUCUUUUCCCCAACAAACGUGAAAUUCAAAGCCCUAAACGCAUCCCAAUUUCUGUAUUAUUUAAAUCGAUGAUGAUCUUCAAACCCUAAUAGCUCAAUCAGGACGAUGGUGAGGUUGCCCCAUGAUUUCUUCCUGAACCCUAAUUCGAUCGUCAAUGGAACAAAGCCGAACUCUUGCUUCAGAAUCGUCGUCAAAGAAUGCAGUAGCAGAAGAUCAAGAAAGCUUGAAGGUGAUUCAAUGGGAAGAUUUCGACCAAGAGCUCGCGCGUCUCUGGAGUCUCUCCUCUGCCCUCAACGAAGCUAAAGAAAAGAAAUUUUCACUUCAGCAGAAGCUCGAGUCCUUCAUACAGGUGGAAGCAGAGUCAUUGAAUCGGUCAAAUGAGCUUGAUGAGAUGCGUGAGAAAUUGGAGUCUCGGAAAUUGGUAAUGGGAAACACCUUGAUGCAUUCGAGGGUUAUAGAUGAGAAUGUUAAGAAGCAGGAGGAGCAGCUUAGUACCGAAAUUAGGUCACUGUUGGUUGCUGGGACAUCCCUUUCUGUAGCUAGUAAACGCCUGCAGGAAGCAAAUAGGUUACUUGCUGGAGAAAGGGGUUAUUUUCAUCUUAAAAGUCUGCAGAAGUUGCUAAGAGUGAGGCAACAAUAUAUGGUGUCACAAGUUUCGUUGCUCUAUCCUGUAAAAGUCGUGAUUGGACAAGGACAAGAGCAUGAACUUGAAUCAUUUACCAGUUGUAGUAGAUCGGAAAAUUCUGCUGGAUCAAAACAUCUUGAGCAAGGAUCCUUGACUAUUUCCGGUCUGCAUCUGAAUAUGCUCCCCUUUAAGAAGAUUAGUUUUUUCACUGAUAAGAAGGAGGUCCAGAGAUCUGCGACUGCCCUGGGAUAUGUAGCACAUGCUGUUUCACUUAUUGCUUCCUAUUUAGAAGUUCCUUUGCGUUACCCUUUGCGAUUGGGAGGUUCUCGAUCAUAUAUUCAUGACUAUGCACCUUCGGUUGAGUCUACAUCAUCUGAUUUGAUGUUGAAUUCAUCACUUUCCACAAAUUUGAAGCCCGUAGAAUUUCCCCUCUUUUUAGAAGGUCAAGAUACAACUAGAGCAGCUUAUGCCGUAUUCUUGCUAAACAAGGAUUUAGAGCAGCUUUUGAAUUUCAUUGGUGUCAGGAGUUUAGGGCCACGGCAUGUAUUGGGUAAUUUAAAGGAGCUUAUAAGGACUAUCCUUUCUCCAGAAUACAUAGAUACGUGAUCCAAGCUUCAAAUAUUGAGUGUAAGUUUCUGUAAAUGGUUUAUUUGUAUUUUUACAAGGGUGCAAAUUUUUUGGUGGAGCACCUAGCCAUAAGCCUUGUCAAUUUUUGCUUUAGUGCAAUGGAAAAUAUGAAUUUAAACCA